CGAUUUUCGCAAACUUUUGGGCGCUCGUCAACUGAAAUCUGCCUCGCGGUGAUAUAUACAGUCACAUCCGCCCACAUGUCCAAGGACGCGCACCCGUGCAAGGUCAUCUUGGCCGGAAACAUCGCCAAAGGCCUCCUCAGCGAAGUGCAGGCGGGCCUCAGCACACUCGGUCGCAAACCACAUUUGCUCGGUAUACUUGCCAAUAACGACCCGGCGGCCAAGGUAUAUGCGGACUGGACGGAGAAGACGGCCAAAGACAAUGGCUUCGACUACUCCUUAAAAAACGUGGCAAAAGACGACGUCGAAGAAACAAUCAUGGCAGCCAACACCGACGACUCCGUCGACGGAAUCAUCGUCUACUACCCGAUCUUCAACAACCGACAAGACCAAUACUUACAGCAAAUCGUGGACGUGUCCAAGGACGUCGAGGGACUCAGUCACCAGUACAUUUUCAACAUGUACCAGAACAUCCGGUUUCUGGACGAGGAGCAAGCCAUGAAAUCCAUCCUGCCAUGCACGCCGCUGGCGGUGAUUAAGAUUCUGGAGUAUCUGCACAUUUACAACACGAUCCUGCCCUACGGAAACAGGUUGUUCGGGCGCACGAUUUGUGUUGUUAAUCGGUCCGAAGUGGUCGGUCGGCCGCUGGCGGCCCUGCUGGCCAACGAUGGCGCUUGUGUUUAUAGUGUCGAUGUCACGGGCGUGCAGCAGUUCACGCGUGGCGAGGGAAUCCGGAAGCGCAAGCAUGAAGUCGUCGAGAAGGAAGGCUGGACUAUUGAGAAUUGUGCGCCCCUGUGUGACGUUGUUAUCACUGGUGUCCCGGGGGAUAAAUACAAAUUCCCGUGUCACUUGCUCAAGGAUGGGGCAGUGUGUAUUAAUUUCUCGAGUGAGAAGAACUUCGGCCCCGAGGUCAAAGAGAGAGCUUCCAUCUAUGUCCCCGCCAUUGGCAAAGUCACCAUCGUCGUGCUCCUGCGCAACCUGCUCCGCAUCGUGCAGAACAAGCAAGCACAGCUUGACAAAUCCAAAUCCACGUCUGACAACAAAUCCGAGUCCAAUGAUGCCAAAGUCACUCCGGCAGAAGAAAAUACUACACAGGCCCAGGCGCAGCCCAUCGUGAAUGGCACAUCUUCAUAACCGCUUCCGUCGGUGCAACAGAUCAGAUUGGAUUCCUCUCCCAUCUGCUUCCAGGUGCCAUGGGGAAUCUGUGUCCGACAUCGCCGAUGCUGGUGCUGGGACACUUAUGCAACGACAGCAGGUGGAACUAUCAUGACCCAGGUGAGGAAGUGUAUGAGAAAGAGCAAGAUCAAGAUCAUUCAGCAUCGACUUCAAGUCGGCAUUCCAAGUAUGUCCCGUACCCCAGGGUCAUGGCAGCCGCCCGACUCCAUGUCUGGGACCAGAGUUGAAAUUGCCGUCUUCAUCAGGGUUUUUGGACCAUGUUAAUACCAAUCCAACUGGGUCCAAAAUCCCUGCCUGACCAAUCUGAGCCUCCUCGGCACUACAUGUGUCUGGAGACGGACAUGUCCAGUUUUCUCGCCACUGCACAACAUGCCACUGCAGCGCAUGAUUCAAUGUAUGCUGGAUGACUCGUGAACGUCUUUCUCUCCAUGACAGACGCCAAAGACUGGACUCCGGUCUAUUGGUUGUACAGUACAGUACCCUUCAACUUGCCUGGACAGGUGGGCCGCUUUUAGCGGGUUCAAAAUCGGCAGCUGAGGACCCCUAACACCUAGGUGCCUAAUAUUACAAGGUACAGUACACUUCCUCAUCCUAUCCUAUCCAAUCCAAUUCAGCUUUGCUCAAGAGCUUCUGAGCAGGUGUAGCUGGGGAGGAAUAAAAUGCAGGAACUGGUCGGCUCGGUUUCUCAUGGAGAAGGCGGCGGAAGUCCUAGGAGACCUCUGCAGAGUAUUGCUAAGUUUGAUACCCAUAUCUUGCAAGCACUCGCAGCGCAUAUACAUCUACCCGAAUUGCACUAUAGAAUUGAUUUCCGCCUUCCAAUCUCCAUCGAGCCCGUCGACACACAAAUAAACCUGUCUGAACUGGACGUGCAAUGCAUGAAUCUACAAUUAAUCCCGCAGUGCACAUUGUAUCAGACUCUCCCCCGGUGAACUAAUCGGCAUGGUAUAACAACUCCAAAUGCUAGUAAUAUAUGUAUAUAUUCGCA